AUGGUCAAAAGGAACUUGAUUGAUAAGAACAUAUUCAUGCCUGAUCAAAUAUUAUCACAAAUCAGCAAGAUGUUCAAGUAUAACAAUCGUUAUUUAAUGUCAUACUGGUUUAUUUUCAAAAUGAUUUACGAAGAAUUCAAACCAGAAAAGAUCGACAACAUAUCAACAGUUUUCAAUUACUUCGUUUAUCAUGAAUAUGGUACUAUUUUGAGUUUCCGCAAGAAACCUCGAUUCAAAUACUUGAACUAUAUUUCUAUUUAUGUUCAUGACGUAAACAACAUUUUCAAAGCAAUCAUGAAUGAUGACAUAAUAUCAUUCAUUGGUUUCACACAAGAUAAAGAUUUUGAUGCAGAAGUACGCUUGAAAAGUUAUUUAUAUCCUUUGGAAAAAAAAAGUUUUCAUCCCACGAAGGAUAUUCGUUAA